GUUUUUCAAUCUAAAUUCGCUUCACUCAUCUUCAUCUCAUUCCAUAUGUAUCACCACCCUCAACCAAACCAUAGUACGUAGCUCAAACACUAUAUACUUGCCUUUGUGAAUUUGAAAAGAUGAAAAACACAAACACUAAUACUAGUGGUUCACCAAAACUUGAUCGCAAAACUAUUGAAAGGAACCGCAGGAUUCACAUGAAAUCUCUCUGCUUCAAGCUUGUUUCCACUAUUCCUUCCAAUUACCUCAAAACCUCCAAGGACAUGCUUUCCCAGCAGGAUCAGCUUCAUCUAGCAGCCACGUACAUAAAGCAUCUGAGAGAAAGAAUAGAGAAAUUGAAGGGGGAGAAGGAGAAAGCCAUGAACAUGAUGAUGAUGUCAAACCAAAGCAAUAAUAGGAUUUUCAAUACUGGCUCUGAGUUGCCUCUACUUGAAAUAAAGGACUUGGGUUCGGGCAUUGAAGUGAUGUUGAUAAGUGGGUUGAAUAAGAACUUCAUGCUCUAUGAAGUAAUUAGUGUCCUUGAGGAAGAGGGUGCUGAAGUUGUCGCUGCCAACUUCUCCACCGUUGCUGAUAAGAUCUUUUACACGUUUCAUGCUCAGGUUAAAAUAUCAAGAGUUGGUGUUGAGCCAGCGAGGGUAUACCAAAGGCUUCAGGAGUUGAUUGCACCACUUGAAAGCUGGGAAUAAAUAUCAUGAUCAAGGCAAAUUAAAGAGCCACUAUCGUUGGCCAAUUGGAAAAUGACAACAUAUGCAAUGGGAGUAGUUAUAUUAGUGAAUCAAUAUCUCAAGUACUAAUAGCAAGCUUAGGUUGCAUAUGUUUUAGGAAAAUUACUUGUUAAAAGAAGUCUAGCUCUUCUCUUCACUUGUUCAGAUAAUGUGUUACUUUUUUUAAUUUCUUCUUUUUUUUGUUAAUCCGAUAAUGUGUUACUAUCAAUAUCAUGUGUUUAAUUGGUUAAUUAA